GUUAGUUUCAAUUCGGUGUUUACUUUCGCUUAUACCGGACUGGUUUCGGAAUUGGUCGGCGUUCGGAAUCGUCGAUCUGAACUGAUUUUCGUAUUCAUUGUUGUUGUUGCUUUUCUUACUUGUCGUUAACGAAAAGGGGUAAAAACAGAACGAAAAAUGAAUAAAUUAAUAACAGUUUUAGCUGGUUUCGCCAUGGCCUUUCUACUGGUCCCUUCCAUUGCCUUGGCGGAUACCGAAAAAGUCGCAUCGAAUGAUGGGCAAAAAGAUGGUGAAAUCAAAAUUUAUAAACGUCUUAUUCCGGCCGAUGUGCUUAGAGAUUUUCCUGGAAUGUGCUUUGCAUCGACUCGGUGCGCCACGGUGGAACCCGGAAAGUCAUGGGAAUUAACGCCAUUCUGCGGUCGUUCUACGUGUGUGCAGAAUGAAGAGAACACGGCAAAGCUAUUGGAGCUUGUAGAAGAUUGCGGUCCUUUGCCUCUGUCGUUAGCAAACAAUAAGUGCAAGUUGGACACAGAGAAGACCAACAAGACAGCACCAUUUCCUUAUUGCUGUCCCAUCUUUACAUGUGAGCCAGGUGUAAAGCUGGAGUAUCCUGAUGUUGAAAAGGAAGAGGAGAAGAAGAACUAAUCUAGAGAUUUUGGUUAUUUUCUAUUAAUAUUAUUUUGGAAUAUCUGUAAUUUCUGAUUUAUAUGAAUCAUAGUUUAUAAACCUGGCAGAAAAUGAAUAAACUUUACAAUAUUUUGAAUUCAAAUG